AUGAAAUUGCUGGACAACUUAGAACUCGAGACGCUCACUGUUCAGCUUUCACGCGGCAGUCGGAGGUACGCUCUCGAUGUCAAGCUGGAAAGUUACUCUUGCAAAAUGGUGACAGAAGAGAAACGUCAAUUUAAGAAAUUGCUUGCCAGACUAGAAGCCGAAGGUUUGCAGGAAUCAUAUCUGAAAUUGAGUUCCUCACGAACUCUUCGAGGUUUUCGUGAACUGACUGGUGAGACUCUUGACUGCGAGACCUUCAAAAUGAGCACUUCUCAAGCUGAGACUGAUGCCAAUCCUCAGUCUUCAAGCCGUUCGCGAACCACGUCGUGUUGCUCUGAGGGGGAUGGUGCUGAUUCUCAGCCAAAGCCUCCACAUCCCUUCAUUUCUGCAAGGGAACUUUUUUGCCUGAUGAGCACCAUUACCCUUUCUUUCGACUCCACCUACGACUUCAUGAAUACAAGCAGCGAGGAUUUUUGCCUUGAGCCGGAGCUAGCAGUUGUGAGGAAUUAUAUUUCUCGUUUAUGUUCAAUUUACGUGGACAAAUAUGAGGCUCUGGCACCGAAGUUGUGGAAUGCGAUUGAUGUAGAGAUUUUGCCUCAUAGAUGCGUCAUCUACAGCUACAAGCCGAAUCACUCAACGGACCCAUACAGUGGGCGAAGUCUUGCUUCUUUCAACUACUUCUUCUUUAAUCGUAGCCUAAGGCGCAUCCUAUUCUUUUCACUUUGUGUGCAAAAUGAGCCGCCAGUGGAAGAUCUAUAUGAAGAAGAUAUGCAAGACCUUUUUUGA